GGCACGUUCCACACACGGUCUUCCAAAAGAACGUUCUGCUUUCCAGGAGCCAAGGAAGUAGAAGAUCAACUGUUCCAAACAGGUAUCGCGGUCCGGUCUGCGGUGUGGUUAGGGUUUCCGGGUUUCGUGGACGACAUCUCCGCCGUGAACAGGACAGACGUGUGGCCAGCUGUCUUCUGCAUCGGGAGUGCACUCUGGAUCCAGCUACUGUACAGCGCUUGCUUCUGGUGGUUGUUCUGCUAUGCGGUGGACGCCUACCUGGUGAUCCGGAGGUCGGCGGGACAGAGCACCAUCCUGCUGUACCACCUGAUGGCCUGGGGCCUGGCCGCCCUGCUGAGCGUGGAGGGGGCCCUCAUGCUGUACUAUCCUUCCUUGACCAGGUGCGAGAGGGGCCUGGAGCACACCAUCCCCCACUACAUCACCACGUACUUGCCGCUGCUACUGGUCCUCGUGGGCAACCCCAUCCUAUUCCGAAAGACGGUGACUGCAGUGGCCUCCUUACUGAAGGGAAGACAAGGCAUUUACACAGAGAACGAGAGACGCCUGGGAGCCGUGAUCAAGACCCGAUUCUUCAAAAUAAUGCUGGUUUUCAUCAUUUGCUGGUUCUCAAAUGUCAUCAAUGAAAGCCUUUUGCUCUAUCUUGAAAUGCAACCAGAUAUCAACGAUAGCUCUUUGAAACAGGUCAGAAAUGCAGCCAAGACCACAUGGUUCAUGAUGGGGAUCCUGAAUCCAGCCCAAGGUUUCCUCUUGUCCCUGGCCUUCUACGGCUGGACAGGCUGCCUCCUGAUGCUUCCAGGUCCCAGCAAGGAGAUCCCAUGGGACUCGAUGACCACCUCGGCCACCGAGGGGGCUCCCCCGUCCCCCGGGGGCCCCCGCAAGCCCGGGGAAGGCCCCACUCCCAAGAAGGAGCUGCCAGGUGGCGUGCACACUUCUGACGAGGCCUUGAGCCUGCUGUCUGAAGGUUCCGACGGCAGCACCAUCGAAAUCCACGUCGCAAGCGUGUCCCGCGGCAGCAAGGCGGCGGACUCUGUUCCGCAAGUCCGAGGAGACCCGUAGAGAGGACGAGACGGGGCUGGGGCGGGAGGGGAGGGGGUUGUCUAGGCCCUCCGUGUGUGUUUUCAGAUGCGAGGGUUCUCAUCCCUUACACAGUGCUCUCGCCCCCGCAGUCAGCACACUGCGGGGUGUAGUGUAUGCCCCCCCCAGCCCCCCGAAUCUUCCUGCCAUCACAGCUAAGAGCGUGUUCCCUGGCAGCCUCUGUGUGAUGCAGAGGCCCGCCGUAAGCCUGUGCUUGAGAACGAAAGGCAGAUUCCCUUCGAGACCAGCAGCUUGUCGCGAGUGUACGUGGACGUUCGUUUUUCUGAUCUGGCUGUAAUGUCAACGCCAGACCCAGGUCCUUGGAAGUUAAUAACGACAAUAAAGAAGUAGUUGUGUCCGAGC